AUGGAGGAGCAAGAGCAAGUGUCAAUGACCAUAGAAGAUUAUGACGACAAAGAAGAUAUUUUGGACGAUGCUGCUACUUCCCAAGCCAAAGAGUCGUCUGAUCAUGGUAUAUUCGCGCAUUUCAGUCGAAAUGGAAUGAUCAGGAUUGGUAAAGAAGCAGGGGAAUACAAAUCAAUGGAGGCUGAAUUCCUUAUGGGCAUGAAACAAUAUGCCAGCGACACUCAGGUUGUUGCCGUACACAAGAACAUGGGUUUUACUCCGGCUAUGCUAGCUAGGUUUGCUGCGUUUACAAGUUUUGAACGGGCGAUUUUGCAAAAGAGUGGAGGCCGUGGACAUGCAAAGGUUAACCAUGGUUGGUUUGGUGCUUCAAAGGAGGAAAUUAUUCAGAUAAUUUCUUAUGGGUUCAGUAGGUGUAAUGGUCAAUCACAUGGCCUUGGUGUUUAUUUGUCUCCUAUCGAGUUUCUCCUUGAUGGGGUGGAAUUUACAAGUGCUGAUGAAAAUGGCAUGAGGUAUAUGCUGUUAUGUCAUUUGACAAUGGGGAAUAUGGAAGUGAUUCCAGCUGGUUCGAAGCAAAUAUAUCCGAGUUCAGUGGAAUUUGACACUGGUGUUGACAAUCUUGAAGCACCAAGAAGAUUGAUAGUGUGGAGGGCUUUCAUGAAUUCUCACAUCUGUCCUGCUUACAUCAUAACUUUUAAGUUCCCGUCUUUCGGUACUUGUUCAUUGAGAAAUCAAACCAGGAAACUCCACGGACCUACCUUGUGUUUCCAAGGACGUAUCUUGAGUUUCCCUGCUUUGUUUUCUAUACUGAUAAAGGUUUUUGGUCCUGCCAAGGGAGAUUUGAUUUCCCAAAGCCUUGACGAGUAUAAAAAAUGCAAGAUUACCCGACUGCAAUUGAUCCAGAAUGUGAGGCGGAUCAUCGAGAAUGACCAGCUGUUGCUUGCAGUAAUCAAAUCCAACAUUGACAAGUGGGAGCAUGUAGCAGCAAGGAUGGCGGCAGAGGCUACAAAUGAUGCAAGAAGGGAAUGGCAUAGCUUAUUGACGGCACUUUUCUAG